GGCCAGGGGCAGCGCGACGGGUCUCUGCGGGCUUGGGGCGAGGGAUGUCCGGCCGCGCUUCCCAGCCCCUCCCGCCGGAGCCGUGACCUUUUGCCGUAGCGCGGCCUCAGCCGCAGGAAGCCGCGGGCCUGUGGCUGGGGACCGGGGCGGGCAGCUGGGCCCGUCCCCCCCGCUGCAGGGCCGCCGUCGGGUCUUAGGUUGCCGUUAUCCCUAUCUGGGAGAGGAACCGGUGGGACUGAGCAGAAAGUUUGGGGUAUUAAGGACACAAUUGUUUAUGGAAAAAUUAAUGUAUAAGUCCAAAAUAAGAAGGGCAAUCUAAUCUUUGAGGAAAUGGCAGGAUUCCUAGACAACUUCCGGUGGCCAGAAUGUGAGUGUAUUGACUGGAGCGAAAGAAGAAAUGCCAUUGCUUCAAUAGUUGCAGGCAUAUUGUUUUUCACAGGUUGGUGGAUAAUGAUAGAUGCUGCAGUAGUUUACCCUAAACCAGAACAAAUGAACCAUGCGUUCCAUACCUGUGGGGUGUUUUCAACACUAGCUUUUUUCAUGAUAAAUGCUGUAUCAAAUGCGCAGGUGAGAGGAGACAGCUACAGUGAUGGAUGUUUAGGAAGAACAGGUGCUCGUGUCUGGCUCUUCAUUGGCUUUAUGUUGAUGUUUGGUUCACUUAUUGCUUCAAUGUGGAUUCUUUUUGGAGCAUAUGUUACACAGAACACUAAUGUUUACCCUGGAUUAGCAGUGUUUUUCCAAAAUGCAUUGAUAUUUUUCAGUACCCUGAUCUACAAGUUUGGAAGAACAGAAGAGUUAUGGGGAUGAGAUAUCAUGUAUAGCAUUGUCUAUUCCAUAGUCGCUAUAUAGUACGAUGUAUGUAGAUAUAUUUACAUUUAUUUGUUCUUGUUUUGCUUUCUAAACUGUAUGAACUGAGACAAAUUACAGUUUCUGUAAUAAGCUCCCUCUUUUCACCGGACAAAUUUGUGAAUAUGUACAUAUAACUGUAUAUAUCUUAAAAAGGGAAUGUCAGGCUUUCUUUAUGAAACCUUCAGGCUUUUUUCUUCAAAUACAUGGGUUUCCAUCAACUCCUCAGACUUGAUCUUCCAAGCCUUCACAUGUAUCGGAGACUUCAGUGGAACUCUUAGUUGAAAAGCAGGAUAAAGCCUGUACCCUGUAAAAGGGGUUAUUACUUUUCUGCAUAGGUGAGAUAGAGCUGAUCUUGCAAGGGCUGCCUGUGUAACCUGAAGGAGUCGUUGGUGCAUGGAAGUGACUCGGCUAAGGCUGUAUUUAAUGAUGGUAAAUUCUAUUGUAUGCUAGGAGCUGAUUUUAAGAAUUUUAUAUAACUGUUCAGAAAAAUAUAAAGUAGCUUUUUUUU